UCACUCCGCCACAGGUCCUGCUGUUCUUCAAUGUCCGGGACUGUCGUUAAAUACCUGCUGUUUGGCGGCUCCUUUCCCCGGUCGUCGGUGUCCUGCGGAGGCAGACCUUCUAUAAUGCGACCGCAUCCUUUCACCACAAUCUGCAGUGUUGGGAAGGGUUUGGUUCACGCUGCCGUUUAAUCUUCUUCACAGCUGGAUGGGAGUUGCGCAGACACGCAGUCUACCCCAACCUCCGCCGGCAGCUCAUCUGGAGGACAGAAGUGAGAGAAGCUGCAGGAUAUUAUGAUCACCGCUCGCCUCCGCUGGGACCUCAUUACCGUGCACCAGGAAUAGAAAUCAUGGCUUAUAAGAAAAGACCACUAGGGGUCCCCAUACCAUCCAGAACAUAAUUCUGUCCGAUUGCAGCAUCGUCUUUGUCCCAGCUGAAGCACAGGCUGGGACAUAGUCCAGGAAGUGAGGGGUCGGGACUAGCACUCCUCUGUGCUCACUCCUGUCCUAUCAGACUGCAGCAUGAAAACAGAGAGGAGGGGGUUACAGAGCAGCCUGUAGUGAUUGGAUGAAGAGACCCAGCACAGCACAGAAGACUCAGGGAGAAGUGAAUGCAUGAUCUGAUGAACAUGAUGUGAUGAAUGUCGCUGUCUUCAAAGCUAUACAUAUAGACAUGGGAUCUCCAUGGUGAUAGGCCCGUCACACCUACAGAUCGAGCUCUGAAGUCCUACAGCUGUUACACAUUUGGGCUCGGCAUCUGCUGGUUGUUCCGCCUAACACGGCCCCAAGGUAUCGCCUGCGACCAUAAGGAAUUAUGAAGAGAACUCGGGGAAGACGAUGAGGAGACAGAAGGUCAGUAUUAGGCGCCAGUGACAGGUGGUGAAGACCUGUGGCUGAGCCGGACCCAGCAAACGCAAUGACAUUAACCCCCGCGGUCUUAAGCCGCGUAGUGAUCAAUGAAUCGUAGCUCCUCCAAGCGAAACAGCAGCAGAUGUUAACUCUUUCAAUUACGUCGCUGUAUGACUCCAUUCAUUACCCUCCAUCCACUUCUGUUCCGCUAUUAUAUAUAUAUAUAUAUAUAUAUAUAUAUAUAUCUAUAUAUAUCCAGACCGGAGAACGUCUCCGUAAAGACAAAUUGACCUAAUAUUCUUCUGCGCCAGGAUGCCUUAGCAAUUCCAGACCCAGGAGUGCGUCUGCCGAGGGGUUAAUAGGACCAUAAGACAGGAUGCUGCAUAAGUCAUGAAAAAGCGAAGGACAAUAUUCCAGGGAGAUGGGAAGGGUGGGUGAGGGGAAAAUCCAGACCAGAUUUUAAAUACAUCUGACGUGAAAUCCAACGGCAAGGAGAGAGAGUCAGAUUUCACAUACACAGAGAGAGAAAAGAAGAAAAAACAGAAGGCAGGAGGGUUUGAGGAAAGCCAAAAGCAUCACUAGCGAAGGCAGCGAGAACAAAAGAAACGAUAGACGGUGUAUAGGUGGAACACAAGGCAGGAUUGUGCACCCAAGGGUGCUGGCACCAGCCGUAGAUAGGGGAGACAGAUACCGCCGGGCGCUCUGCUGCUGUUUUUGGGAAGCGGUGCCGCAGAGGAUUUAAGGACAUCUCAGGACAAGGAAUUAAUUCGCACAGAAGAACAGCGGGAUUGAUGGAUUAGCCAUCAGACGGACACCUGAGACCACGGACAGAGUCCCGAUUUGCUGGGGAGCACCGUCCUAUAGGAUUAUAGGAGAUCCCAUAGACAACAUUGCUAUAGCCGGAUUCUGUCUGUGCGGUCAUACUGCAGUAUCUCCUCCAUUCCACAGUGGGUUUCUCCUGCUGAUACAGCACCUUGGAUUACAAAAAUACUGCAAAUUUUUUUUUUUUUUUUUUUUUCGGAGGAGGGAGGUUGGAAGAUUGGAAGAACCUAUGGAUAGUUGAAUUGAGAUUUCAUCACAGCUCAUCCGCCGGCAUAAGGAGCGGAUUCAUAGCCCCAGAUAUUGUGCUGUCGUGCAAUAUAGGGUACUGCCACUUCUUGUCCAGGUUCUUCUACCAAUGCCUGGAGCCUCUUCUUUAUGUCUGUGCAGCCAGACGCCUCUCCUGGCUUCCCAUAUGGUCAGAGGGGAGAGGGUGAGCUGGCACUUAAAGGGACGCAGGCCUGUCCCCUCUACCCGGCAAACAUGCAGGUAAACAGACCCAGGAGCACGGCAUAUACCUAUCCCCCAUCCAGCACCAAAGACGAACCCGGAUCCUAUGCCAAGCAGUUCCAAGCCAGACGCUUCUCAUAUCAUAUCGGGGGGGCUGCACCUAGCCCUGGCCCCCACGGACUUCAGAAUGAUGGGCCCCAGCCCAAGAAUCCAGUGCUGGUUAAGAGCCUCUCCCUGGAGCCAGCUCAUAUCUUGGUGCACCCAGAAAAACCCCAGCAUCUGCGAUCUGACCCUGGAAACCCGUCUGACUGCAAUGGGAUCCCCCCAGAUCAACCCAGUCCCAAACCAGCAGCUCCUAGGCGCCCCCCACACACCAAACCUGAAGUUCCUCCAAAGCCCCCCCACCUCCAGAGCGUGAGAAGACCCCGGCCUCCUGGCCAUAUCCCCCCACCCCCUUCACGUCCACUGCCUGCAGACCCCCGCCUCGCAAGGGUGUCCCUGCGCCCAGAGAACAAGGAUGGGACACCCUCCGCAGUCACCUCCCUGAUCGAGAAAUUCGAAAGGGAGCCGAUCAUCCUGCCUGCUGAACGCACCAGUCCGGCCUACGACACUGACCCCGAAAUCAACACUACCCCUUCUCUGCACCCUGACUACAGCAUGGGAGACCUAGAAAACAAACUCCUCGAUUUACUGGAGCCAGAGACGUCCCAGGCGAGCCUGGAGAGAAGGCGAAGACUUGUGGUAGGAGGCGGCGAUGCGGAGGAAAGGGGGGAGCAGGACUCUUUGGGGAAACUGGCCAACAGGGACAGUGGCAUCGACAGCAUCAGCUCUCCAUCCACAAGUGAGGAGAUGUGCUUCCUCGGUGAGGUGGAGGAGGGCGGAAGAGAAGAGAUGGAGCCCCCCCACAUCACCGUACAACACAGCUCGCCUCGGGACUCAGAGGGCGACAGCGACAUGGAGGACGGUAGCGGUGGAGAAGAAGAAUUGACUCCGAGAAGACUGGAUCCAUGUGAGUUCACCGCCCGCCACAAAGUUUAUAACAUCGCAAAUGAGUUACUGCAGACGGAGAAGGCGUAUGUGUCCCGGUUACAUCUCUUGGACAAGGUGUUCUGCGCUCGGCUCCUGGAGGAAGCUACCACGAAGGGCUCAUUCCCCGGUGAAGUAGUUAUGGGCAUUUUCUCCAAUAUCUGUUCCAUCUACUGCUUUCACCAACAGUUUCUACUCCCUGAACUGGAGAAACGCAUGCAAGAGUGGGACAGCAACCCUCGCAUUGGGGACAUCCUACAGAAAUUGGCUCCAUUCCUUAAAAUGUAUGGCGAGUACGUUAAGAACUUUGACAGAGCCAUGGAACUGGUGAACACCUGGACGGAGCGCUCAUCCCAGUUCAAAACCAUCAUCCAGGAAGUACAGAAGGAGGAGGCCUGUGGUAACCUGACAUUACAACACCACAUGCUGGAGCCUGUCCAGAGGAUUCCACGUUAUGAGCUUCUCCUCAAGGAUUAUCUCCAGAAACUGUCGGAGGAUUCCAGAGACCGGAGGGACGCAGAAAAAUCCUUGGAUCUUAUUGCAACAGCAGCUGAGCAUUCAAAUGCGGCUAUAAGAAAAAUGGAAAGGAUGCACAAGCUCUUAAAAGUGUAUGAACUCUUGGGCGGAGAGGAAGAUAUCGUGAACCCCACGAAUGAGCUGAUCAAAGAGGGGCAUAUGCUUAAAUUGUCAGCAAAGAAUGGGACCACCCAGGACCGGUACCUCAUACUGUUCAAUGAUCGCUUGCUGUACUGCGUUCCAAAGUUGCGUCUCAUUGGUCAGAAAUAUAGCGUGAGAGCGAGGAUCGACGUGGAGGGGAUGGAGCUGAAGCACAGCAGCAGUCCCAACCUCACCAGGACCUUCCUCGUGUCUGGGAAACAACGUUCCCUGGAGCUGCAGGCCAGAACCGAAGAAGAGAAGAAAGAUUGGAUCCAGGCAAUUGAAGCUACAAUGAGUCGCCACGAACAGACGAUGGAGACUUACAAACUGCUAAACUCCUUUCAUCGGGAAGAUGAAGAGACUCCUCCAAACUCACCGAACACAGACUUGGGCAAGCGAGCCCCGACGCCAAUCCGGGAGAAGGAGGUGACCAUGUGCAUGAAAUGCCAAGAAGCUUUCAAUUCUAUAACCAAAAGGAGGCACCACUGCAAAGCAUGCGGACAUGUUGUUUGCGGGAAGUGCUCGGAGUUUCGUGCCAGACUCGUCUAUGACAAUAACCGAACAAACCGCGUUUGCGUCGACUGUUACAGCACCCUGCAUGGUUCUGGGUCCAGCCCAGGCUACAAUUCCCAUACACCGCAACGGAGGAAGUCCAUCCUAGAGAAACAGGCAUCAGUGGUGGCAGAGCACAGCGUAAUGUGCAGUUAUAUGCAUUAUAUGGAAAAAGGCGCCAAAAGCUGGCACAAGGGCUGGUUCGUCAUCCCGCAGAAUGAGCCCCUGGUCCUGUACAUCUAUGGUGCACCGCAGGUUGGACGUGAAGCUCAGCGGAGCAUCCCUCUGAUCGGCUUCGAAGUGACCCCGACGGAACAAUGCGAGCGUUCUGACCGCAAGCACGUAUUCAAGAUCAGUCAGAGCCAGCUCAGCUUCUACUUCAGCCCGGAAACCGAGGAGCUGCAACGGCGUUGGGUGAGCGCCUUGUCCCGAGCCGGUCGGGGAGAAGAUUACAGCUGUAAAGACUUACUCCUCGAGACGGAAGAGGAGAACGACGGGACUGGGGACCCUCUAGGGGACACUUGAGGAUUGAUCCACUACACCUCCCCCCUGUUAUGGAUCCAUACGAGGGGGUGGACACAAGACUUUAUCCGUUCGUCAACAGGGGAAUAUUAUGAGCGUGGGGUAAGAUUUGUUUGUCUUGGCUUCACGUGGGGAGGGCUGGACUCACCCAUAGUACUUCCAUGUUUAACAAGGGACCCGACAGGAGGACUGAAACGCUGCCCAAGAGGAUCAAAGACGAACUUUAACCUCCUCUGGGCCAGCUGAAAAGGAUGGGGCUGGACCGACCCAUCAUCACCUACAUAGGAAGCAGUCGGAUGCUGGAUUGACCCAUUAACACUUCCUUCCAAGGUCACCAGAUGCUUCCGCGCUCUUGAACUCAUUCUUACUCAAACCCAUCACCGGCACUUUCUCUUUUAUUUUUUUUUAAUAUGUAUUAUAAUUAUUUUAAUAAUAUUUAGCUACACUUCUUUUUUUAUUUUUUAUUUUUUUAUUUUUUUUGUUCUUUUGCUCAUUUGGGACCUUUUGGGUUCCUUUUAAAUUUUUUAUCAUCAUCAUUCCAGACUCUAUGCUCCCCUGUUGUGGGUAUAAAAAAGGGGGCAGAGAGUAAUGACGCCAGUAGAUUCCCCCCCCCC